AUGACUGUCGCCUCGCCAUUUCGAGACCUCACCGCGACGCCCAACCAGCCGCUCUCGCGGGUCGUCUUUACAUCCGGCACCCGCGUUCGCAUUGCCGCUCCCAAAGAGGUGGUUUGGCGGGGGAUUACUGCGCUGGAGGAGUAUGCCGAGUGGAACAGCACGAUGCGGAGUUUUGAGCUGGAUGGCGCCGCUCUGCGAGAGGGCGCACAAGGCAAGAUGAAAUGGGAUGAUGGCAGUGGAAAGCCGAUGGAGGUGCCUGAACUCGUGAGUGGUGGUCGGCCCGCUUGGUUGCGCAUUGCUGACGCGGCGCACAGAUCACGAAGCUGGAGGACGACACGGCGCAGUCGACGCUAGCCUGGCAAGGUCUGCUGUUGCCAAGCUGGCUGGGCAUUGCGGAGCGAGUGCAGACGGUGUCGACGCUGCCGGAAGAGGGAGGAGCGGCGUGCAUGGUCACAAACUGGGAAUCCAUGUCUGGGCCAUUCGCAUGGAUCGGCUACUACCUGCUGGGUCUGCAGAGCAAGCUCGAUCAGGGCAACGCCACGUACUGUCAUGACCUCAAGAGCAGGUGCGAGGAGAUUUGGCGGCGCGAGAGAGUAGCAUAG